GCAUUACGUUGGAAUGAAAUGGAGGCUUAACUAUGGGAUAUUGUGUUAUAAAAAUGUGUCAUCGAUGCUUAAAGAUAAGUUCUAUAAAGUGGUUGUUAAACCUUUUUUUUUUAAAAAAAAAAUAUGGGUCAAAGUGUUGAACAAUCAAGAACACACAUAUUUAGAAGGUGUGUGUUAUAUAUGUCAUUUUAAAUAUCAUAAAAUUUUAGGUAUAUUCACAAGAACAAUACUAAUUUUUAUCCUUCUUUAAUUUAAAUCCACAUAUACGCUUAACCCGCACUAUUUUAAACAAGCUUACUUUAACCCACCGCCGCACUGCAUAACUUAAAAUCUUCAUCGCCCCGCCCCGCCCCGCCCGCCCCAUUGCCACUCCGCAUAUUUUAAGAAAGAAGAGGCGAGGCGUCUUGUUUCUUCCACGUAUAGUGUCCUCACCCAAUAGCAGCAAUGGCAUCCUGGUUCUCUGUUGCCGCCACUCCAAAUUCCUUGAUGAACUUCCCGUCUUCUAAUCACAAAAAAUCCCACAAAAGCCCCAUCCAAUUUUCCUCCCUCAAAUCUCAAUCCCAAUCCCAAAAGAACCAUCUUCUCAGCCUGAUUUCUGAUCAAGAACGUGGCCUCAAGACUCAGGCAGACCCUCAAAAGCUCUCUGAGAUAGUCCAGGCUAUUGAAGAUUUGGCUGCUUUCACUGGAAGUGAAACAGUCACAACUGGAAGUUCCCUUUCAGGGACUUGGCGUUUGCUUUGGACUACAGAGAAAGAACAGCUUUAUCUUAUCAAGAAUGCUCCCUUUUUGGGUACUAAAGCUGGUGACGUUCUCCAGGUUAUUGAUGUUGAGAAAAAAAGUCUUAAUAAUGUCAUCACUUUCCCACCUGAUGGGAUCUUCUUUGUUCGGUCCAUUAUUGAGGUUGCUUCUUCUCAACGUGUGAAUUUCAGAUUCACAAGUGCAGUUUUGCGUGGCAAAAAAUGGGAAUUUCCUCUACCACCAUUUGGACAAGGGUGGUUUGACACUGUGUACCUUGAUGAUGAGAUUCGAGUAGUCAAAGAUAUCAGGCAAGACUACCUCAUUGUUGAACGUGCUCCUUAUACCUGGAAAGAAUAAUGAUCGUCAUAUUUUUCAAUUUUACUCAGACAAGGUGCGGCACAUGCUUACAGACUGUGAAGAUUGGGCAAGGCACUGAAAUUGCGCCAAUUUCAUCACCGGCGAUGUAGCUCCGGCUGCUGCUGCUUGAUUUGCAGCUCCGACGGGGUCGAUAAUUAGGUUCGAUGGUUGAAUUGAAUUGAGGGAAGAAGAAGGAGGUAUUUCAGCCAUUGUUAAUCGUUCGAAACUCAUUAGCAACUUAGAAUUGGAAUUUUCAGUUUGGGGAUUUUUCAAAUUGGAGAAGAAGAAGAAGAAGAUGGAUGCUGGGGCUGGGGUGGGGGAAUAUUUUAACCUUUUUUUGUGUUAUUUUUUAUUUAGACGCGCCUUUUUUUAAUUAAAUAAUUGUGUUUUUUCCA